AAUGUUUGGAAGGAGCAUCUGUCAGACAAUAAAACUUACAAGAAAGCAUGCUUCUCAUUUAAAGUGUAUUCACUAGAACUAUUUCAGUGCUGGAAUCCCUUCAUUUGUAUAGCUUGGAGGCAUCAAUAAGAGCAGAGAACUGUAAAGGCACCAGAAAGCUCCAACUGUUGCUGAAAAUCCCAGGCAUUUUUAAAAGCAUUUAGUCUGUUCAGCAUCAGUCCUUUGAUAGGAACCUGAGCCAGAGCACAGACAGGAAGCCUCUGUUAGUCCAUCCAAAAAGAUUUCAAGCAAGAAGAUGUCAUGCUUUGUGCAAACCUGGGAAGUCUAAAGAGAACAAUAAUUGUUGGACCAAAGGGACCCUCUCCAGGCAUAAAUAGCAAGACUCCUACUGUCUUCUCUUGCAGACCAGCUCAGCUGCCAGCAAAAGCAGGUGCUCUCCCCCUACCAGUACUCCAGAGGAAACAUCUGGGAAUGGAAAACCUGAUGUUUGUCUACUGCUCCUGUAAAGUUAUCUGGACCCUCCUUGUAGCAGCAGUGGGCUGUGCCAGCAGCUUGCCUGUGGGUGAUGAUUCUCUUUGCUCAGCAGAGGAGCUGGCCAAGUACAGCAUAACCUUCACGGGCAAGUGGAGCCAGGCUGCCUUCCCCAAGCAGUACCCACUCUACAGGCCCCCAGCACAGUGGUCAGCAAUGCUGGGUGUUACUCACAGUUCUGACUACAGCAUGUGGAAAAAGAAUGAAUAUGCCAGCAAUGGUGUUCGGGAUUUUGCUGAGAAAGGCGAGGCGUGGGUACUGAUGAAAGAAAUAGAAGAAGCUGGAGAGAAAAUUCAGAGUGUACAUGGAAUCUUCUCUGCUCCCGCCAUAUCCAGUGGCACAGGACAAACCUCCACUGAGUUAGAAGUGCAUCCAAGACAUCCCUUAGUUUCAUUUGUCGUACGAAUUGUUCCAAGCCCAGACUGGUUUGUGGGCAUUGACAGCCUGAAUCUCUGUGAAGGAGAUCACUGGCUGGAGGAAGUGACAGUAGAUUUGUUCCCGUACGAUGCUGGAACUGACAGUGGUUUCACAUUUUCCUCCCCAAACUUUGCCACCAUCCCACAGGACACAGUUACAGAGAUCACUUGUUCCUCUCCAAGCCACCCAGCAAACUCAUUUUAUUAUCCCAAACUCAAAAUUUUGCCACCUAUUGCUCAAGUAACAAUGGUGAAAAUAAAGAAAAACCUUCUGGGUCUUCCUGCACCUUAUGUUAAUAUGCCAGAUAAAAGCAAUGAAGUAAUAGACACUAUCUCAGAAACACCACUGGACUGUGAGGUUUCACAAUGGUCUUCUUGGGGUCUCUGUAGAGGUGUUUGCAGAAAAACAGGGACCAAGAUAAGAACUCGUUUCAUACUUCUUCAGCCUGCCAAUAACGGAACACCUUGUCCAAAUCUGGAUGAAGAAACUGGAUGUGAACCAGAAAACUGUGUCUGAAAUGAAGAAAAGAUCAUGAUUUAGAUAAUUUAAAAGUAGGAUAUGUUUAACUAAAUCAAAACUACAUUGUCACUCAAUGUUCCUUAUAAAUAGGGUGAGCUGCACUAUUUUGAUGUAAAGGUAUAUUAGACUGGUUUUGAAUGCUGCUUUAUGUCAAGAUUUUGGAGGGUUAAAUUGCUCAGUACAACAGUACUUGACCAUUUAGCGACCGAAAACCCCCCAAUCACUCCCUGCUGUAAAUAUACUGCAAGUUCUUGGAGUACCCUCUAGUGGCAGAAAAGACUUUUGGAACGGUUUUACUUCACCCGUAAAAAAACCAAAUCUUUCUAACACAAAAUCAAAACUAAUAACGUUCUCACUUGCUCUAAUUUGUUGAUCUACAGCUAUUUAUACUUAGAAAUUAAUUUUUUCUCUAAAUUAUGCGUGUGUAAUUUAUUGGCGUUUUUGUUGUCUUUCUAAGUAUGUUUAAUCUGCAUUUCUUCAGAAGCUACCUAUGCAGGUUGAAGUGAUAAGGUGUUUGCAGUGUAGUUAAGACACAGUAUAACUGAGUGAACUUGAGGCUUAGGAGUACAUGCAAAUGUCUUUUUCUUUUUCUCCUUCAAAGUGAGAAGAACCUCUCACGAGGGCACUCAGCCAACAAAACUACAAUAAAAAAAAAUCACAGCUGUGGGUACCAAUAGAGACCUUGAAACUUGGUUAAAAGUGUUAUCUGGAAUGUAAAACUAUCUGACUGAUGGUGUGUGUCCCUCAUGAGACAACUAUCCCAAAGUUAACACUGUUGAUCAUAACAAAAAUUAUAUCCUUGACAUUAUCUAUGCAGUAAAUGUGUCCAUGGUUACUUAA